AUGGGAAAAGUACGAAAAAGAAGGAAAAGCUCUUCCAAACAAGAAGAUCAAAUUCCAAAUGUAGCAGAUUCUGGCGAAGGAGUAUUUUCAUUGGAUAGUCUUUUAGAAGUUCGCGAAAAUGAAAAAAGAAAAAAUCAAUACGACUUUUCUGACGGCAAUAAUUCAGAUGUUAUGGAAGCAGAUAUCCCAAAAAUGCCUGAUCAAACACUAGAACGCGAUGGAAGUAUUUUUUCAUUUUGUGAUUUUUCUUAUCCUAUGAGAGUAUUUGAUAUUAUUAAUAGAGAUCAAAGCUAUGACAUACAUUGUAUUCCAGAACUCACGCAGCCACAGUGGAUGAUGAUGCUUAAUUGUCUUGAUUUUGUUGAACCAUCUCAAACUCUAUUAUUCUCACUAUUUCAAGAAUUAAUACGUAAAAGGCAACAAUAUAUUGGUGAUAUAAUUCUUAAAUACGCUUCAAAUUUUCCACAAAAUUCAAUUAACUACACAAUUUGGUUUGAUUUUCUAAAAGAAGCAGCAAUCUCCUGUGAGCAACUGUCUGUAUAUUUACUUGCUUUGGCGAAACCUCAUAUUUUCAUGGAAAAUUCGGAUUAUCAUUCCAAUAGUCGAAAUGCAGAACUUGCAAUCCUUUUUAUAGCAUCGUUAAUAACUCCACAAACGAUGUUUUGCAAGCCAUUCCUUGAAAUUCUUUCAAACUUCACAACUUUUAUGCAAAUUACAGAUUUUUCACAAGACGAAAUAGAUUUUAUUGUAAACUCAACAGUUGAGCUACUUCAUGAUCAGCCAAUUGCUUCAAUAUCAUAUUUAAUAUCUUAUUUUCCAUUUACACAGAAUACUUGCGUUAUUUUGGGCCAAAUCUCUACUAUUCUAGCUUUACAGUAUCUAGGAUUCUCAGAAAACUUCGAUUUACAUUUUCUUUGUUCAAAUAUCGGAAAAAUUAAAUCUCUUUGCGACAGUUUUUCAAAUGACGAAAUAAUACAAGCAUCGGCUGUUUUAGCUCUGGCUGAGCGUGCUAUUUCGUGCGGAAUAGUGAAAAAGAGCAUUUUCCAAGAAGAUCUACAAAUUUUCAUUGAAGGACUUCAGUUUAACAUUUCGAACCCUAAUUUUCAUGAAACACUGAUGAUUCGCAUUAGAGAGCAGCUCCAUAUUACAAGGACGCAGGCAGAACUAAUUUUGACGAAUCAUUUUAAAGUAACACAAAAAUAA